UCUCUUUUCUCUUUCUUCUCUCUUUUUUUUUUUUUUUUCCUCCUUCUUUUGUUUAUCUCAGUAUAUAUAUAUCACUGUUAUUACUACUACAACAACGAUUAAAAAUUCAAUCUCAUUAUAUUCACUUGUGUAUAACUUUUCACCAUGACAACUUCACAUCAUUAUAGGCCUGGCUCUCCUGCUGGUCGACCUGGUUCAAGACCUGGUUCUCCACGUCCCUACACACCACAUACCAAGGUAGAAGAAGAUCUUCACAAUAUGGCUGGUAUUGAUUAUGACAAGGUGACCAUCAAACAUAAUCCAUCGGUUCCUGUCUUAUAUGAGGAAGCCUUGACUCAUGAAAUAGGUACUGUUAUCUCAUCUACUGGAGCACUAUGUUCUUAUUCUGGCAAGAAAACUGGUCGUAGUCCUCAAGACAAACGUAUUGUAGAAGAAGAAACUUCCAAAAAUGAUAUUUGGUGGGGUCCAGUGAAUACUCAAAUGAGUGAACGCGUCUUCUUAAUCAACAGGGAACGAGCCAUUGACUAUUUGAACACACAUCCUCGUCUUUACGUGUUUGAUGGAUUUGCAGGUUGGGAUCCUAAACAUCGUAUCAAGGUACGUGUGAUUGCAUCUCGUGCAUACCAUAUUCUUUUUAUGAGGAAUAUGUUGAUUCGACCUACGGAUGAAGAAUUGGAAAACUUUGGUACACCAGAUUUCACCAUCUUUAACGCUGGCGAAUUUCCUGCUAAUCGAUAUACCACAGGUAUGACUUCUACUACUUCAGUUUCUAUCAACUUCAAACGUCGCGAAUUUGUUAUUUUGGGAACAGAAUAUGCUGGUGAAAUGAAAAAAGGAAUCUUUACAGUGAUGCAUUACUUGAUGCCCAAGGCAGGAGUCUUGUCCCUUCAUAGUUCUGCCAAUGAGGGUGAAGAUGGUGAUGUAUCAUUAUUCUUUGGUCUCUCUGGUACUGGUAAAACGACUCUUUCUGCUGAUCCUAAACGUCAUUUGAUUGGUGAUGAUGAACACUGUUGGUCUGAUAAUGGUAUCUUCAAUAUUGAAGGUGGUUGUUAUGCCAAAUGUAUCGAUUUGUCUAGUGAAAAGGAACCCGAAAUAUUCAAUGCUAUUCGAUUUGGCUCUGUUUUGGAAAACGUCGUACUCAAUGAAGAAUCACGCGAAGUGGAUUAUGCUGAUGACUUUUUGACUGAAAAUACACGAUGUGCUUAUCCUAUUGAUUUUAUUCCAAAUGCCAAAAUUCCUUGUAUGGGUGGUCAUCCCAAGAACUUGAUUUUAUUGACAUGUGAUGCUUUCGGUGUCAUUCCUCCUGUAUCCAAGUUGACGCCCAAUCAAGUCAUGUAUCAUUUCAUUUCUGGUUAUACAACAAAGGUAGCUGGUACAGAAGAUGGUAUUGUUGAGCCUACCCCGACAUUCAGUGCAUGUUUUGGUUCACCAUUCCUUGUACUUCAUCCUCAAAAGUAUGCAUCCAUGUUGGCGGAAAAGAUGGCACACCACGCGGCGGAUGCAUGGUUGAUCAAUACAGGCUGGGUAGGCGGAAGUGCAUCUUCAGGUGCAAAACGAUGUCCUUUGAAGUACACACGGACCAUUUUGGAUGCUAUUCACGAUGGAUCGUUAGCCAAGGGUACAUUUGAAACUUAUGAAGUGUUUGGACUAAAGAUUCCUACUCAAGUGGCUGGUGUUCCUGAUUCUUUACUUCAUCCUCGUAAGGCUUGGCAAGGAUCUGAUGAUUCUUUCACCACUUCGCUUCAACAAGUAGCUGGUAUGUUCAAGGAAAACUUUGAAAAAUUCAAGGAUCAAGCUGCUCCCGAAACUUUGGCCGCUGGUCCUUUACUUAUUGAUUAGUACCUAUUCACACUUUUUCCUUUUCGUUUUUUUUUUUUUUUUAUCAAUAAAAUAAAUGUCUUCUCUUUAUAUGUA